CAUUACCAUUUGCGCCAAGAUCUCCACUGAUUUAGAGAAACCCAGACCUUAUUCAUCUCACGAAGGGUCAAGAUAUCCAAUUCUACAUCUGAUGGAUAAUAUUUGUCCAUCUCCAAGAUAAAAGGCCAUCUCGAGAAAGUUUAUAAACCCGCUUUGCCGCCGCCGGUGAGAUCGUGGUCGAGAAAGAUAGACGGAGCCAAAUCUAGGGUUUUGGAGCGCUUCUAGGUUUCGAGGAAAUGGUUCUUUCAAACGAUAUUGAUCUGCUGAAUCCCCCGGCCGAGCUUGAGAAGAGGAGGCACAAGCUCAAGCGGCUUGUGCAAUCCCCUAAUUCAUUCUUCAUGGAUGUCAAGUGCCAAGGAUGCUUCAACAGCACUACUGUGUUCAGCCCCUCGCAGACCGUUGUGGUCUGUGGGAACUGUCAGACUGUGCUUUGCCAGCCGACUGGGGGACGUGCGAGGCUGACCGAGGGUUGCUCCUUCCGGCGGAAGGGGGAUUGAGGAUGGUGUAUUCUCCCUCUUACUUUCUCUUUACUGUAAGGAAGUUUGAUGUGGAAAAUGAGGUUGGAUGAGUUUUUUAGGUCUCAAGGUGUCCUUUUUUCUGUUGUUUUCAGAAUAUGUCUGGGCUGGUAUCUCUAAUGUAGGUUUCUGAUUUUGCUGUUCUGGAAACUAAUAUUAUCAUUAAUUGCUACAAGUAUAUUGUAAUCCAUAAAGUUUUGCUUGGUUUUG